GCCGCCCCGCCCCACAAGGCCCCGCGCGGCCGCGGCCUCCCCUCAGCGCGGCGGCUCCGCGGCCGGAGCGGCGGCCAUGGCGCCUCCUGAGCGCGGGAGCGAGAUGCAGUAACACCUUUUUGCUACUUACAGAAGUUGCUAAAGUUUCUGUUGGUUUGAGGACGCUGCUGAUUUUGUUUGUUUUGUAAAGGCCCAUCAUUGAAACUGUUUCUCAGCAUCUCUAUGGACAAGAGGCUAUAGUAGGAGACAACCUCUGUGGGCAAGUAUGGGCUGCCGGGACGUUCAUGCGGCGACCGUGCUGGCCUUCCUCAGUGGAACAGCCUCGGUAGCUGGGCUGCUUGCAGCGGUUCUGCUUCCAAACUGGAGGCAGAUGAGACUGUACACGUACAACAAGAACGAGAGGAACGUGACGGUUUACACCGGACUCUGGAUUAAGUGCGCGCGCUUUGAUGGGAGCAGGGACUGUGUGAUCUAUGACCCGCAGUGGUACACGGCUGUGGAUCAGCUGGAUUUGCGUGUUCUUCAGUUUGCCCUUCCUCUGAGUAUGUUCACUGCUGUCUCAGCUCUGUUCCUGUGCAUGAUUGGCAUGUGUAACACGGCCUUUGUAUCCACCGUGCCAAACGUCAAGCUGGCCAAGUGCCUGGUAAACAGUGCAGGCUGCCAUCUCGUGGCCGGCCUCCUGUUCCUGCUUGCCUGUGCCAUUUGUCUCAUUCCGUCCAUCUGGGUCAUUUUUUAUAACAAUUAUCUGAACAGGAAAUACGAGCCCAUCUUCAGCUUUGACAUCUCUGUAUUUAUUGCCAUUGCCAGUGCUGGCGGUCUGUUUUUCACUUCCAUCAUGCUGUUCCUGUGGUACUGUGCAUGCAAAAGCCUCCCUUCUCCCUUCUGGCAGCCCCUGUAUUCCCACGCCCCCAGCAUGCACAGCUAUGCCUCUCAGCCCUACUCCGCACGUUCUCGCCUCUCUGCCGUAGAAAUCGACAUUCCUGUUGUGACACAUUCAUCUUAAGGAGACAAAGCCUUGGAAGCCAAGUUCUUGUGCUCGUUCAAGCCAUGAAAAUUGUAGGCUUGAUUCUCUGUGCUGCCCUGCACUGAGCAUAAUUCUUUGUAAGGUCAAGUUUCCCAAGGCACAAAGCCAUGGAGGCCUGAGUUCAGCAAGUCUGUUGCUGUUCUGGUCUGUUUGUUACUUCUUGACCACCUUUCUUCUUUUUUUUUUUUUUUUUCUUAUUUUUUGGCUCUGAGCUCACUACAGUCACAAUUGCUGCUAAUGCUAGAUCAGUACACUAACAAUUGUAUGCAUCCAUCCUUUUGCUUGCUGAUGUCAAAGGAGGUUUGGACGUCUUUGAGAUUUAAUAAGCUAUUUCUAGGUUCCAAUCUCAUUGUAAGACCCUUGCACCCGUGUAUUGUCCAGAUGCAGGCAGUGGAACUGGGUGUAGGGGAUUCACUGAGUUUCUUGUUCAUCCAGACCCACAUAUUGUAAUAUGUGAUGUCUGAAAAGGGUGUUUGGCAGACUAAUUCAGUUCUGUGCACUGUUCUUUGGUUUUUUGCUGCACACACAUACAGAUACCUGCUUUGGAACUUCUGUAAUAGAAUUAGUGCCAAAUUACCCUUUAUUUUCAAUGUAGCUGUCAGAAGGAAUAAAACUGAUUUAACUACGAAUAUUGUUCUGUGCUCUAAUAGCAUUUUGUGAAUUACUGGAGGCUAGAAAUCUUUUGUGAAUUUUAUUUCUAGUCUGUUUUUUACUAAGUUAGCAAAUUCACAAGAUCUAUUUUGUGAUUAAAAGUAAAAACACUAGUAUUUAAAAAUUGUGAUUAGAACCUCGGAUGUUUUAUUUGAAGGCCUUCUUAAAAAUGGAUUUUCAAGUAUGAUGUAAAGUGUUCAGUUCUGGAGAGAAAUGUCACUCCCUACAAGGAAGGUUAGGAAAAUCAUGAAGAAUUAUGAAGACUAUGAAAGAUCCUUUUGAAACACUGUGUACAAGCUAUAACAACACCUCUCUGAAAAGGGAAUUAUAACCCUGGGGAGAGGUUUUUUUAAUCUAGAUGUUUUUUAAAAGUGUAUAUACAAGGACCAAUGAGCUUGUGUUUUUUUCAUAGUUGAUCUUUAUGGUUGAUGGACUUUUCAUGCUGUAGCUUAUUUCAUUACUGAUUAAGAAUUAACCUUUUCAGCUUGGUUCUUUAACACCUUUCAAAUUCAGCUAUUUUAAAAUCGAGUUAUUUCCCUUGCUGCCACCUCAUAAAUGCAGAAAGUUUCCUGAUCCUAUUUUCCAUAAGAUGCUAUUUUGAGUAACUUUUGAGCUUCACUGUGUAGCUCUGCAAGGAUGAAGAGGGAUUGUAAAUUCCCAACCUGGGAUGUCUUUAAAUCACUUUUUGCCUUCUAAAAUACAGAGCAGGAGAUGAGACCUAAGGAUCCAAGCUCUUUAAUAUGGGCUUUGACAUUACUUGAAAAUUUCAUGACAGUGAGUUGAAGAGUGCUAUAAUUAAAGCAAGCAUUUGAUUCUCUCAGGUUUUGGUAAAUUAGGAUCUUAUGUUUAAGAUGUCAUCCCAGUAAGGAAAGCUGUUUUGAUUGGUGGCAUUCUGGAGCUUAGUGGAUAUUUGCAUUUCAUUAACCCCAGAAUAAAUUUGGUUUUCUAAAAAAAAAAAACAAAUCAAUUUCUUUAAUUCCAGUUCUGAAGAUUCAUCCAAGGUCCUGAAAACCCUUUAGUUUCCUCCUCUAGGUGUUAGGAAUAGAAACAAGUACUGUACUGGGCAAAUCUUGGUCUGUUAAAAUUUGUGAAAUAACACUAUGCAAAGAAAGAUCGUGUUUGAGCUGGCAGAUCUCAGACUUCAGUGGACUGAGGGAGGAAGCUGAUCUCUAUCAUAAUUCCCAGCAUUGUCAGUAAAGUGCCAGGCCUUUAACACAGUGCUUGAUUUAACAGAAGUCUUAAGGAAUUAACACUGUAGACAAUAAAGAGUAUGUAAGGAAAUAUGCCUCUAAAGGCCUAAACAUGAUACUCUUUUAGGUUUACAGGGUGUGAGAGUAUGAAGUAUCUUUUUUAAUGAGAUCAUGACUUGCAUGGGAUUAGGACAUGUGUAAUGACAUGCAAGCCAAGUUUUUCUCUUCAAAACUGAACUUUGCUUUACUGUUCAUCUGCUUGUCCAGCACUGUUGCUGGUUUAGCUGCCCGUCUCCCUUAAUGCCUUGUAAGGUCAAAGCAAAGGGGCCACUGGUGUGGGAUUUAAUGUCAUCUUGCUUCUGCAUCACUUCAGUGUCUUUCCUUCUUUGUGCCUUGCUUCAGUUAUGUGUUGGCCAGUAAAUGUUACAGUCAGCAUCUGAUACACUCUUUGAGCCUGAAUUUGUGAAGUAUUUUGAUCAUUUUUAAGAAUUGAUGAAUGUGUCUCUUGGUGACUUAAAAAGGAGCUGAAUUUUCAGCAUCUCCAGAACAAGAAUGACAGCCUGGCAAACUGUUGCUUUCUACAAGAAUAUAAGUUUAGCCAGUGUUGUUCUCUGUGCACUUUAAUAGCAGAUGCCUCUGACAGCUCUUUUGUAUUCUGACUUUGAUUUUUAUGCACAGAACUUUUAAUUAGUAUUUGCUGCUGCCUAAGCUGAUAACUUGUUGGUUUGAAAAUUGUGUCUUUCCAAAAGCCAGAGAUGAAUGAGUUAUGAAAAGUAGGGCUCCAGAAGAUAAUGGAUUCCAGCAUAGGUUUCAGUUAGCAAGCAGACUGUUGCAUCAUGUUCUAUCACCGAAGCAUAGCUGGUUUUCUUUCAUCAAUGCUGUUAAUAUGUUUCUGCUGAAUCCUAAGUGAAAUUACCUGGAAGUGCUGUGCUGUAUUUCCUUUGUUACAGAAAGACAUGGCCAACCUGUGACACUUGAGCUGAGUGCCACUCCAACUUCUUUUUUUUUUGCUAAGGUUGCCAUCGUGCCCAGCACCAGGGCUGGGGAGUGCCAGGCGUCCCUGGACUGGGAGAGAGCCCAUGUGUCCUGCAGGUAUGCCUGCCAGGGAACAGCCUUUGGGGAGCAGUUAGCACCCCUGCCUCUGACCAGCUGCACCUUCCUGGGCACUGCUUGUGCAGGACAAGCACUUGGGGUCUUGAACAGAAAGAUUUUAAUUUGUACCUUGUGCAGUAAAGGUUGGGUGCUCCGGGAUUACAGGAACCCGUCUUUUUUCAAGUAGUUCCUGUCCAACUUCUUUAAAUUGUGUUAAGUGUUGGUUCUUUUUAUGUGAAACAGAUGAUAUGUAUUUUUAAUAAAAGAGUCUCAUACAGA